GCCCGGCCAGACGACCACUGGCCAGGCCAGCAGGGCCCAGGCGGGGCUUGGCUCUGUGGGACCGGGAGAGAGGCCCAGAGGAGGAGCCGGGUGGAGGCUGGGGGAAGCGGUGGUGGCCCUGUGGCCCGGUGGCCCUGCCAUCCUCAGCCCCACCACCCUGCCCCGGCUGCUGUUUGGGGCUGGCUAAUGAUUAGCAGGAAAAAACCAUCACUCCGGGGCGCGCACACCUUCCGGGAGCCAGGGGCCGGUGCAGGCAGAGGCCACCCCUGUGUUGAUGGCCCGGCCUGUGACGUGCCACAGCCAUUUCGCGAGGAACUUCCUGUUGACUGGUGACGUGGGUCGGGAUUCUUGGGCGGCCACACAGGUUUGUGUCUGCGUCUGCGUGGGGCGAGGCGGAGGACGGUGGGCCAGAUGCCUCUGGGAUCAGAGGACCUUCUCUGAAGCCCCAGGGCGGGGGCUGUCGUGCUGCAGGACUGAAGGAAACGUGUGGAGAUGGACAGUAGCUGGAAAGGCAUCCCGGCCGUGCUUGUCGUCCUGGCUGGGCUGGCAGCUUCUGGAUCCAGCUAUCAAAUCAUAGAAGGUCCCAAGAAUGCAACGGUGCUGGAGGGCUCGGAGGCUCGCUUCAACUGCACCGUCUCACAGGGCUGGAGGCUCAUCAUGUGGUCGCUGAAUGGCACGGUGGUGCUGAGCAUCACUCCCACGGAGCCCAUCAUCACCAACGACCGCUUUACCUCUGCCAGCUAUGAAGAGGGCGGCAACUCCAUCUCGGAGAUGAUAAUCCAUGACGUUCAGCUCGGUGACGCGGGGAUUAUUAAGUGCAGCCUCCAGAACAGUGACCGGGAUGCCUCUGCUUUCCUUUCUGUCCAAGUUAUGGGGGAGUUGCUCAUUCCCAGAGGCAACCUUGUAGUCACUGAAGAUGAACCCUGUAAUGUGACUUGCUGUGCAUUGGGCUGGAUCCCACUCCCAGAUAUUUCCUGGAAUAUCGGGGUUCUGGUGAGCCAGUCAAGCCAUUAUUCUGGUCCGGAGCCCAACAACCUGCAAAGUGCAGUGAGUGUCCUGACUCUUACGCCUCAGGGCAAUGGGACUUUGACUUGUGUGGCUAACAUGAAGGGGUUGCUUGCCCACAAGUCUGUAACUGUCAAUCUUACUGUGGUUCAGCCUUCUAUGGGUAGCAUUGAUAAACCAGGUACAUCAUUGCCUACCUGGGCCAUAGUUCUGCUUGCAGUAUCAUUGUCAUUGCUUUUGAUCCUGAUAAUUAUUCUGAUUAUAAUAUUCUGUUGUUGUUAUAUCUCCGGGAAGGAGAAAAAAGAAUCUAGUUAUCAAAGUCAAAUAAGGAACUCUGCAAGUAUGAAGACAAACAAAGAAACUUCUGAGAUAAACUUAAAAAGUGGGAGUGAAAACAGUGCCUAUAGCCCAGAUGAACCGAGGACAGCAAAGCUUGCUUCUCUCUCACCAGAGUCCUCCGAAUCCAGUGCUCUGGAACAACACAGAAACAGGCAACCACAUCAGGGACAUGACCAUCAGCGGCCAGGCCCGGUAGGUCGCCCACAGGUUUCCUUCAUCAUGACCAGUCCUAGGACUGUCAGGAACGUGACUUUGGUCUAGUGAAGAUGUCCCUUCAGUUCCAUUUUGCACGAGGCUGAUGACCUGCAUCAACAAAUAUAGUCCUUCCUCUCUGCCCCAAGCGUGGGCUCCCGCUCUGCCAGUGGUACGAGGAAACAGUGAAGCCGGAGUAAUCUGAAUGGACACUUCAUAGUGAGAAAAGGAUCUAUUUCCUCACCUUCCAAAGUAGAAUUUGGCUUUCAAAAAUGUUUCAAGAUUUUAGUGAAUUCCACCAAGUAACUAAGUAAAAGCUGCAAAUUCAUCAUCUUAAUUUACUUAUCACUCAACACUCCUUGCUAAUCCAAUAAAUGCAGAUAAGCCUAUAUCCUACCAUGACUUUUAAAAUAUUUUUUUAUUUUAAAUCAUAUAAAGAUGAUAUUUAUGUAUGUUUAAUAUAUGGGGCAUUAUUGUAUAUUAUCCAUGAAAAAAGAGCAUACACAUUAGGAUCAAACAGAAAUCUAGGAUUGCCUGGAAAAUCAGAACUUAUGGGUUAGGAGUAAGAUUAAAAUCAAAGCCGAUACGCAUAUUGUGAAAUAUUUCAUCAUUGGAUAUUUAUAUGAAGACAUUCACUUUUAUCUGCUCCUUAUCAGUCUUGCUCUCGUGUUGUCCGAUGGGUUAGAUGUGGAUUAUACUUUGUGGGGGAUGUACCUUACAUGUUACAAAUGCUGUGAAAAAACUGGAAGUGGAUAACAUGUUCUUUAAGAAAUAAAAGAGAAAACACUAAGCCGUA